ACUUUUAUUCUUCAAUUUGCACUGUUUCAAUCAUCUUCAAAAAAAGAAGAAAAAAAUUUCUUUUGUAACUAUGAUAUAUAUAAAAUAUUUUGUAAUUUUUUCAAUAAUAAUAAGUGGCGUUCUUGCAAUGAGUAGUUGGGAUAUAAAUAUUGAAAGAGAUAGAAAAAAUGCAGCUGGAACAAUGUUAGUUGAUAUUGCAAAGGAACUAGUUCAAAGAUCAGCGUCAACAAGCCAGGUACUCAACUUAAAUCUUUCAAGUUUAUUACUUUUAUUAGUUCUGAAAGCUGUCGUUUAUGGUGCUGGAUACUUAGGGGGACAUAAUAAUUUCAAUAACUUUAAUGCUCGUGGUUUAGAAGAUGAUAUGGUAUCAGAGGGAGAAGUUGCUUUAGCAGUAGGAUUUUUAAUUGGAGACACAUGUUUAUAUCGUGCUGCUUGUGAAGUACCACAAACCGCAAAAGAAUAUUUAGGAGCGGCUGAAAUGAUUUUACAAGCUAUUAAAUUAAUGCCACAAACAUCGAAAUUGGACGAAAAAUAUGAGAAAAAAAUGACAGAUUUUCGUAAAGCUAUAGAAUACGGUACAGCAGGUCAUUGUCCAUCGGAAUACAAUUGCAAAAAAGAAAAUAUAGAUCGAUUUUUAAGACCCGAAUAAUAUGACAAUGAAUUUGUGAAAAUGAUUUUGUUAUUUUAAUUUUAUUUAAUUUAAUUGAAAUUAAAAAUUAAUUUUUAUUUUUUUCCUUUAUUAAAUAAACAAUUGUACAAUAAUAAUAAUAAUAGAGAAAUAGAAUUAUUUUUUUAAAUUAAUUUCAUCGUUAUUAUUGUUUAAAAAUUAAUUUUUAUCGUUAUUAAUAUAUAUUAUAUAUUUUUUUAUAAAUUUUUAUAUGGAUAUAUAAAGUAAAGUAUUGCAAAAUAUUUACAAAUUUAUAAUAAUUAAUUAAGAAAUAUCAGUCAAUAAAGUGUACCUGUUAUUGUGCUAAUUAUUUCACAUUAUAAUUUGCGGUUCUUGAACCGAGGCAGCGAUACUUUUAUGUGGUAAUACCUGACCACCGUUUAUAUAUAAUUCAUCUUUCACAAUAA